UCAGUCAAACAAAACACUCAACAACAUUAGUCAUAAAUCUAUUAGCCCAGAUGCAAUAAUUUCAUGGAAAAAAAAACUAGAAAUCCCCUAGAAAUUCAUAAGAGCGGGAAAUGCACAUGUGUUGUCCAUUAGAUGCUUCUCCCGCUGAGAACAAAACAUUGGAGAUUUGUUGUGCGUCAAAAGUGAUUGAAAAGUAUUGAAAAAUGUAAAAAAAAGCUUGUGUUCAAUCACUUUUUCUCAUAACUCCAAUAAAAUCCACGAUAUCGCGAAGUGUUCAGUGAAUUCUGGUAAAUUACGUUCAAACAUUUGCAAAACUGACUUGUCAACACUAAAGCAGAUCUUCUGCUUCAGCCAAACGUUUCUCCAACCAAUGAAAACCCCCGAAAUUGUCAAAACAUCUUUGAGUGAUUCGUUGCCUCUCAAAGAAUUGAACAACCAAAUUCAUGUGUUGUCGAAAACAAUCAAUGAGACACCUCCCAAAAUGUGAGACCCCAAAUAUCCUUGAGAUCAUAACAGGCAUUCGAACUGAGGCGUCACUGUGUAGUCGACAGUCAUGGAGUCCAGGCUCUAACUGUUUUUUUUUAUUCUCAAUGCUGAGUAAAUUAUUAACGAAACAUUUUCUCCAAUCGUCAACGACUUCACUAAGAAAACAGUGAUCAUGGAAGCAUUAUUGCCGUCGGAGAUAGCUCGACUGAUUCUUGGUUACUUGGAGGAGGAGAACUGUCCAGAAGUAGCAAGAAUGUUUCUAGAGAGCUCUUCUCUGCUGAGAGAAUGUUACACUGUGGCCCAGAGGGGUGGAAAGUUUACAAGGAGAGUGAACGGGAUGACCCUAACUAACCUCCUCGAGAAGUACUGUGCGAUAAACGCCUUGGUGCUGGAAAGACUGAGUAAAAUCGAGGACUGUGAGUCCUUGAAGACUUCAGGAGACAUCUUGGACCAAUUGAGAUUCCUGAUGGAUGGCUCCAGGGGACAGAGGUUCGUCGUGAAUAUAAACGUGCCCACACAGAACACAUCUCAGACGUCCGGAGGCUCGCCAAUCAUAUCCAGCAGUAUGAGAAAACGUCGUCACAGUGGACCUGUCGAUCGAGAUCGUUCUAAGAAGCUUUCCAAGCCAACUUCUCCUGUCCUUCGAAUCUCAGAAUCAAAUGUUCGUCAAUCAUGUGACACUGUUGAAACGACACCAUUCGAGCAGCUCCCAGGACACCAGAACACCUCAGAAGGUUCAGGAAAUACUCAAGAAGACUAUCGACGUGUUCAGUGUUCAUCGACGUCGACGGAGCCUGCUCUAGAUUCCAAAGAGGUCAGUGACAACAUCGACAUCCGUGUAAGCCUUCCAGAGAAGGCCCUCACGCGAGAUAAUUCUCACAGGGUGCCUGAGGCCUCCAGUCAAACCUGCGAGACUGGGACAGACACGAAGGAGUUAAUGGCCUUUACGAAUACUGAAGUCCAAACAAACCCUUGUGAAGCAUUUGACACCGGUACAGAGAUGAUUGAUGGACCUGUUGAGAACCUGAGUUUGUUGACGAAGGAGCUGUUGAAUCGAACUGAACUACAGGAGAGGAUAGCACAGACCAUCAACAGAACGCUGAUACCAUCAGAUGCUUCCUUACGAGAUGCUUCCUUCUGCGAGAGCACCUCUGGAGAAUGCAAUACAUCGAUAAUGCGGGAGUUGGAUCAUGCGAUCAAGUCGAUUGUCAUUGAGACAGAGACAGACCCAGUAUUUGAGCAGUUCCUCCUGGAAACGAUUGGCCAGGAGAUUGAGGGAGAGAUCAGUCCUGAUGAGGAGGAGGCUUGCAGUCCAAAGAGGAAAAACGUGCCAGAAGCUUCAGCAGAAAAAAAUCCCAGUCUCGAUGAUAUUCCUGAGAAAGUUCCUGACGCAGAGAAUCAAGGUGACCAUUCGAAAAAUCCAGCAAUUAUUGGAGACAUUGACACUAUCGUUAAGGAACAAGUGAAGGACGCUGUCCCACUGACUGCAACAGAUCCACCAGUUCAGCAAGAUCUCGCUGCUCUGGACGACGUAAAUGCAGCAGCAAUCCUUAGCAUUAUAAAUGUUAAUAACACGUCCAAGGAGUUGACUCAAGAAAAAUCGACAUCAGAAUCUGAGGACCAGGAAAGUCACGAAAUUUCGGAGGCCCCUGGGUCCCUUACAAACUCAGAAGUAAGGGUUGAUAGUGAAAUUCCUCGAGCAGAUUCAAAAUCCAAGAGAAAGAGGGCUUUAAAACAGAGAAAGGAGAAAAAACCCUUGACUCCUGAGAAAGAUGUGCCAGAACAUGAACUGGUCCCAGUGCCAACUCUGAUUGUCUGUUCUAAGGAGGAGAUAGCCAGUAUGAAGAUUCCCGCAGUAAGGCCCAAAUCUCAGUACGUGCCGAUAAUGCCAAAGACCCCAGGGAUGCUCACGCAGUCUGACCCCACUCUAUAUCUGAGAGCUGUCAAUGUAGUUAGAUCCAAAGCCGUACCUGCAGCCCCACCAUUACCAUCGUGUGGGAAUUCCCAGCCUCUGAAAGUCCCAGAACCCGUCGCAGACUCUCAUCUCUCAAAAGAUCUCGCAACAGUCCCAGAAUCACUAGGUCUGACUGAGUCCAUCACCCUGUACGGUCCGGAGAGUGGUGCAGCAGUGGUGGAGACCGAUCUCCCGUCAGUUCAACUGGAGGAGUCGAUGAGCCUCACAGGAACAGGAUUAUCCCCAUUUUUGAAGCUACAUAGAAAGCCAGAAGUCCCCCAGGAACCGAAUCCAGUGGAUAAUGGAGUGAACGAAGAAAACAGGAGAUUGAGCUGUCAAGCAAACUCUGACAUCCUGACGAAGAGGACCCCCAGGUCCAUCAUGAAGAGCAGAUCUAGGAAUCACAGGUUGAGUUUGUCAACCCCGAGGAGACGUAGUAGUCACAUACGAGCUCUGGACUUUAACACUCCAACAAAGGGUCUGAAUACCAGCAGAAGACUUAGCGAUGCUGAUAAGAGCUGUGUCUUCUCUCCAAAAUCGUCGAAGGGAAUAUCAAAGGCAUGUAGAACUAGCCUGUUCAAGUCUCCGUCCUUCGGAGGUAGUCCAUCACCGAAAAGGAAGACGAAGACUCCUAGCAAACUGUGCAAGGGAAAGAUACCGAUAGCCACUAGGAGUCCUGCUCCGAAAUUGAUAGGGGGCUGGGACAAAAUCACUGGAGUUGGGAUGAUCAUCGAUGGAACUUCCCAGUCCAGUUGUCCAUCUCCAGUGAAGAAUUCAGUCAAUUCAACAUCAGUAGGGGAAGUGAAAAGACCCUGGGAUUCUGAUCUGAGGAUGAAAGUGGCUGCUGACGUCCAGCCAGUGGAGCAAAAGCUGACAAAGACGAAGGAAAGAUCACUGAGGAGACGAAAAAGUCUCAGGAAAGAGAGGAUUGUUGAAGGGGACGGGAUUGCUGUCUCUGAUGAUGAGGCUGAGAGUGCUCCAGCCACAUUGGAUCCUAAGAAAGAACUGCUAAAUGAUAAAUCCCCCGAUAAAUCUCUAAAGAAGCCCAAACAGGAAGAAUUAGACGAGAAAAAAGGCAUCGAAGUGAGUGAUCAAAAAUCGGAACAAAUGGAGAUCGAAGUCUCCAAGAAGACCGUAGAAAUCACAACGAAGACGUGUGCAGUUGUGAGUGACAAAGUGGUGACGAAGAAGUACGCCAAACUGAAAACCCUGACGACUUGUGUAACAAAAGUUGGAAAUAACAAGAGAGGGAGGCCUUGUACCCCUGGAGAAUCCCUCGACAAGUCCUCAGAAUUCGGAAGGAUUGAUCCAUCGAAGCUGCUGGACCUGGAAACUCCUCGUAAAUUUGAUCCCAAUCUAGUCCCACCGACUCCAAGAGUCCUCAGUCCCAGCAGCAGCAUGACACCUUUCGCACAAAUAAGCGAGGAUUCCGGCAAGAUCCAGAGCUUCGUAUCCACCCCUGAAUUCCCACCGACACCCAGUAUUAAUUUAACGCCUAAACAGUCCAAUGAUAGCACAAUAGAUGAGAACAAGAAGGAUUUCGGCUCGAGAUAUUACCAGCCCAGCAAUGAGUCGAAGGAGGCGAGGAGGAACAGUCAGACGGGGAAUCCUAUGACAGCGAUAUUGGAGGAGAGCGUCACAACGAGAAUCAGCACUCAGGGGUUUCAAGGAUCAACAGCACAAUUGGAGAUCACUCAGUUUGAGGUUAUCAAGGAGAAUCUCCCGAAGGAGCAGGCAAUCAAGGAGUUGAAGAUCUCGCGAACUCCUGACGUUCAGAUAAAUAAAGAGGAGAAUGUCAUUGAGUCUGAAUCCAUAAACAAAUCAUCGAAGUCGUUGGAGAGCAGUGGAACAGCCGAGGAUUCGUCAGACAGUGACAGUGAUACAUCCUCAUCAUCAUCGGGUUCGUCAUCCUCCUGUUCCUCGUGUUGCGAUACCACCAACACUUCAUCGAAGUUAUCCAUGAGCAGAAGGUCCAGGAAGACUCCCCAUAAAGUUGACAACAGCAAUACCAAUGAAUUGACUGUAGAAUCUCGAGUUAUUAUUGACAAUGAUACAAAGGUUGGUGAUAAUGAAAUGAAGAUGGCUGAAGUGUCGCUAGAAGACGCCUCGAAGGAGAACAUCGACUCCCAGAAGAUCAAUGAAGAAUCUCCAGUCAAGGUGAUCCCCAUCAUCAAGACAGAAGAUAUUCUCACAGCAGUUGAUCUGGAAACCCCGGCUAAAGACGAGGCAUUGCUGGCCGAGGCGGAUAUAUCGGAAACUCCCAGCAGCUCGAAAGUGGGGAUUGAGAUCCUGACGAACUUGAACUCCAAAAUAUCAGCAAUUAUAAAGGAAGAUGCAAAGCCCCGACUAUCUGCAUCACUGGUUCCCAAGGCAGUGCCAAAGAUUGUCUCUGUGGAGAAAAUCUCUGCAGCAGUGAAGGUGAGAAAAAUGACGGAAGAAGACGAGGAUAAGAGUAUCAAGGACGCUAAAUUAGCGCGGGAGCUCGACGAGAAGCGUCUUCGCAUGAUAAAUAAGAUAAAAUCGGACAAUACCCCGAGAACAAGAGCCGGUAGAUCAAGAGUAAGUGACAAGGGCAAGACACGGGAAGUGGUGAGACCUGAGCAGCCAGAGGAUGCCUCGAUGAAGCUGAAAAAUUCCCAACCACUGAGGAAAUCCAUGCGGAACGUUGAAAAAAGAGCGACGAGAGGACUUAGUGAACCGACAGAAACGAUUACAUCCGAGAAGAUAGAGCCUCCCAGAAAAGCGCAAUCCUCGAGGGAUUCUACCGGAAAUGACGAGGAAAAUCUGGAGAUAAUGAUUCUCCCAGGAAUAAAUCCUCCGAUCAAUCCCUCAGGCAUUAACAAGCUCGAUGGUAUACUUUCAAAUGCUGAGGAGGAACGGGAGAGCCAAAAUAGUAAAAGAGAUAAAGAUCCGAUUGUCGAUGACAAGAAAGAGGAGACGAAGGCCAAGUCGAAGGUAGACCUAGUGAAGCGAGAUUUAUUCAGUGACGAGGAGAACACUGAUGGAAGGCCAGCAGAUGCAGAACCCAAAAGACAGGAACCUCAAAAAAGUGAAAGUAUUAACCUCGCAGAAUCCAAGCAACAGAGUGAAGCCCCUGGGGAGCUUCCUGGUGUCCUCGAGAGUCUCGAACUGGUCCCCACGAACAAGAGUUUCGAGGAGGCAAGUUUGGAGGAAGGGUCGUACGAGCACAUCGAGAUCUCCUUCGUGUACGACGAAAAUCAGCCGAGAAAAAAGAGAAAGAAGAAAUUGAAUUCCUCAGAUCUUGAGAUGAAGGUGCAAGUAUACACGUGCACUGGGGAGAUCGUCUGGAGGCAUAUGACAAGCACCGCACAUGAGGAGAUCUUCAACCUGAAUCCUCCGAGGAAGAAGAGAGUCAAUCCGCCAAAGCCGAAGGUUCCCAAGGAGAAACCUGUGACAACAGUUGUCGCCUCGAAAAGAAAGGGAAAGCCAAGGCUGAAAAACAGUGAAUCUGUGGUGUCUGAGAUUAAGGGCCAGCCUCUAGCCACGUCGUCCCCAGUCAGCAGAGAUGAUAUCUUGAAGGCUGUAGAGAAGGGGAAGGCUAGCGGUAAAAUGAAGUCAGAGGAUAAAGUUCCAAAACACAGAAAGAGAAAGCAAUCAGAGAGCAAGGACGAGCACUCGGAGAAGAAGCCUCGAAUGACUGAUCCUGCGGCUCUUCUCAGUGGAAUAAAUAUCAAUAAACUUCUCAAUGUAGUCCAUGGGUCAGAGUCCUAGGAUUAUGGACGAGGAGGGUGUGAGCAAACAGUGCAAGCAAUGUACUAGAAUUAGAUAUUUAUAGAAGUGGUUGUUUCAAUGCGAUGGAAAAAUGCUGAGCAUUUGUGCUUCAUAAUCCUAACCACGUGUACAAGUAACUAGUUUAAUGUGAAGAAAAUACGAAGUAUUAUAGCCUAAACAUGAAGAAGACUGACUAAGUGGCAACCUGCUGGGUCACGUUGUACAAUGUACAGAAAAAGUGUUGAAGUUAAUUAUUUCUGCAUAACUAUUUUUAUGAUAGGUGAAUAUCAGAUUUAGUGAGUAUUAAUUUAACUGUUAACGUUUUUUAUACGAGAGAAAUAAAAAUCAUAAAUAUCUGGUUACACAACUAUACUAUUUAAUUAUCAAGAUUCAGAAAAGACGGUGGAAAAUCGCUGCAAACUUAGCUUUUUAUUUAUUUAGAAAAAUUAUACGUCUUUAUAAAUCUUUCAAUGCGAAUAGAGGACUAAAAAUAAAUUUCUGUGAUUAAUCAAAA